AUGGCGACCCAAAUUCCCGUUGAUCCCUCCCUCAGUUCAACCAAGACUCUCAAACUUGAAAAUACACACAAUCGAGACGUUCUGAUCGCCAUUGAGAAGAAGUACCAAGAAGAAUGGCAGAAAAACAAAGUCUUCGAGUCAGAUCCCCCCUCUACCGACGAAAUCCCCUUCAACUCAGUCCCCGCCGCCGAAAUUCGAGAGAAACACCCCAAAUAUUUCGGUACUUUUGCCUACCCUUACAUGAACGGCUCUCUACAUGCAGGACAUAGUUUCACGGUCAGCAAAGUCGAGUUUACUGCUGGGUUUUCCCGCCUAGUGGGCAAAAGAGUGCUAUUCCCUCUUGGAUUCCACUGCACCGGCAUGCCCAUCAAAGCCUGUGCAGACAAGCUGGUCGAUGAUGUCAAGAAGUUCGGACAAAACUUUGAGAACUACCAUGAGGACGAAGAAGAUGACGUUCCAGACCCCAACAAUGUACCAAUUGCCCCAACCCAAGGUGUCUCUGUCAAGGAUGACAUUACCAAAUUUAAGAGCAAGAAAGGAAAGGCCGCAGCAAAGACGGUCAAGGCCAACUAUCAAUUCCAAACCAUGCUAGCAAUGGGAAUACCCAAAGAGGAAAUUCACAAAUUCUCUGAUGCAAAUUACUGGCUCGAAUACUUCCCUCCUAUCGCGCAACAGGACUUGAUUGACUUUGGUGCGAGGAUAGACUGGAGGAGGCAAUUUGUGACCACUGAUGCGAAUCCAUACUACGAUGCCUUUGUCCGAUGGCAAAUGAAUCGUCUCCACGAAUUGAACAAGAUUCUAUAUGGCAAGAGAUAUACAAUCUACAGCCCAAAGGACGGACAGCCAUGUAUGGAUCACGACCGAGCAAAGGGAGAAGGUGUCGGGCCAACAGAAUACACGGCUAUCAAGCUGAGAGUCAAGGAGUGGUCUGAGGAAGCAGCCAAGCUGAUCGAUUCUAAGAUUCCCAAAGAUGCCAAUGUCUAUUUCCUCCCUGCAAGUCUGAGACCUGAAACUAUGUAUGGUCAGACGUGCUGUUUCGUCGGUCCCAAGAUCAAGUACGGCAUCUUCAAGGCCUCCGAGAAGGAAUACUAUAUCGUGACAAAACGAGCUGCUUGGAAUAUGGCUUUCCAGGGCACGUUCUUCAGUGAGGACCACUUCCCUCGGGACCAGAGUGAACUGCAACCUGUGGUGGAACUACCAGGUUCUGCAUUUAUCGGAACUCUGGUGAACGCUCCUCUUUCUGUUCACACAGACGGUGUCCGUAUCCUACCCAUGGAGACAGUAUCACCUUCAAAAGGAACAGGCGUGGUCACUUCCGUUCCGUCUGACAGUCCCGAUGACUUCGCCACGGUGCGAGAACUCGCAAAGAAGGCAGAUUUCUACGGUAUCAAGAAGGAAUGGGCUGAACUCGAAAUCAUCCCCAUCAUUGACACUCCAGCAUACGGUAAUAUCACCGCACAGUACUUGGUUGAGACCAAGAAGAUUCAGUCUCCCAAAGAUGCUACACUGUUAGCCGAAGCAAAAGACCAAGCUUACAAGGAAGGCUUCUACAACGGGACAAUGCUGGUUGGAGAAUUCAAAGGCAUGAAAGUGCAGGAAGCCAAGGACAAAGUACGAAACUCUUUGAUCCAAUCAGGCGAUGCUUUCCCUUUCGCAGACCCUUCUGGUGAAGUCAUCAGUCGAAGUGCAGAUGAAUGUGUGGUCGCAUAUGUUCCACAAUGGUUUUUGAACUAUGGUGAAAACGACAAGGAAUGGCAGCAGACUGUUCUGAACUAUGUCAAGGAUCAAGAUGGACUCUAUACUUAUGCACCCGAGACUGGAAAUCAAUUCGUUGCGAACCUUGAAUGGCUCAAUCAAUGGGCUUGCGCUCGAACAUAUGGCCUCGGAUCCAAAUUACCAUGGGAUCCUAAGUUUUUGGUCGAAAGCUUGAGUGACUCUACGGUUUACAUGUCCUACUAUACAAUUGCACACUUACUGCAUGGAGACAAGUUUGGUCAAACUCCAGGUGCUCUCAACAUCAAGCCAGAACAAGUCACGGACGAAUUCUGGGACUACGUUUUCACUCGCACAAGCGACGUUGAUUCUGUUUCCAAAUCUACGAAGAUCUCGAAAGCGGACCUCGAAACACUCCGUCGAUCAUUUGAGUACUGGUACCCUCUCGACAUGCGAUCUUCGGGCAAGGAUCUGAUUCCCAACCACCUCACAUUCUUCCUGUAUAUCCACUUGGCACUCUUCCCUCGUGAGUACUGGCCCAAGUCAGUACGUGCGAACGGCCAUCUCCUCCUCAACGGCGAGAAGAUGAGCAAGUCCACCGGUAAUUUCCUGACAUUGAAUCAAGCAGUCAAGAAAUUCGGCGCAGACGCAACGAGAAUAGCGCUUGCAGAUGCAGGUGAUGGAAUGGAGGAUGCCAACUUUGAGGAGAAGGGAGCCAAUGCUGCCAUCAUGCGAAUGUAUAUUCUCAAGGAGUGGAUCGAGGAGACUGUGAAGAGUGACGAACUUCGAACGACGCAGGGUGAAGUUAUCUGGGACAAAUUCUUUGAUGACGAGAUGAAUCAAUUGGUACAUGAAGCGUACCAGCAUUAUUCUGCCACCGAUUACAAACUCGCUCUCAAAGCAUCCCUCUACGAUUUCCAAUCCGCACGCGACUUCUACCGAGAAGCAUGUAUCUCUUCCGGAACACCGAUGUCUCGCCCCUUGAUCCUCCGCUACGCAGAACUCCAGGCGGUCCUCAUCGCUACGAUCGCUCCCCACUGGGCAGAACACAUUUGGCGCGAAGUCCUGCACAAGGAAACUUCGAUCCAAAACGCAAGCUGGCCCAUCGUCCCACAACCCGAUCCGGCCACGACAGCAGCACGCGAAUACGUCAAAGCAACCACCAGCAACAUCACCAGCGCGGAAGCCACAGCAGCCAAGCGCAUGGCCAAAGGCAAAGCGUCAGCGUUCGAUCCCCGCAAACCCAAACGCAUCACCAUCUUCGCGGCCUCCGCCUUCCCUGCCUGGCAGGACAAAUACGUCGACCUGGUGCGCGACAUGCUCGCGAAAUCGACCCUCGAGGACGACAAAGCAGUCAACGGCGCCGUCGCCAAGCUCGGCAAAGGCCCCGAGAUGAAGAAGGCCAUGCCCUUCGUACAGGCGCUGAAGAAGCGAAUCGUGGGCGGCGGCGAGAAACCCGAAGUCGUCUUCGAGCGGAAACUGCCGUUCAGCGAGAUCGACACCCUCAAUCAGAUCAAACAGGGCGUGAUGAAGACAACGGGAUGUAAGGAGGUCAACGUCGUGCAGGUCACCGAGGAGAACAAGAGCGGUCUGCCGCCGCAAGCCGAGGCCGCGAUCCCCGGGCAUCCAAGUUUCUUGUUUGAGAACAUCGAGGCAUGA